AUGAUCACCCUUACAGAAGACGUCAACAAGCUUUUCAAUGAAGUCCUCCGGGAGAUAUCCCAAAAUGUCCGGUCGAUGAUGGAGGAGCUAUGGCUAAACUGGUCCCAUUUGGGCGUGGACGACAGUACCAAGGUCAACAACAUCACCAAACUAGUCCAGAUUGAGAAGGAACUCCACCGUGAUGUCAUCUCGGAGACCAGGCAGAAACUCAAGAUCAUGCAGGCUCAAGUUGACAAACUAAAAGAAGAGACAGAGGAACUAAGCAGAUGUUUGUCUGUUGACAUAACAAUACUGGACUUCAAAGAAGAAAUGAUGCUGGUGGAAUACAAGAGAGAAUUGGAAGAACAAAUUGCAGGGUAUAGACAACAAGUAGAGCAACGUCGUAUGAAAAUGGACCGUUUGUUAGAAUGGCAAAAUGAUCUGGCGGAGAAACUCGGAGUCACUAUUCAGGAACUGCAGGAUGUACCGUUACCAUCAGAGGACGAGUUAGAUAGACUCAAGAAUCACCUUGAAGUGUUACAGGCAGAGAGGGACAAGAGAACCGAAGUAUUCUUGAACAUUCAAGUUGAAAUCAAGGAUAUAAUGGAAAAACUGCAGAUCAAGCCACAGAAUAAGUUUGAACACACUGUGAUGACAUCCCUGUCAGUAGAUUUUAAGGUGACAGACCUCAACAUGGACCUCCUGGCUAAACUUCAACAAGAUCUGCAUAAUAAAUACGAACAGACCAAUAAUAGGGUACUAGAACUCCGCGAACGUUUGGAGAAGUUGUGGGAUUGUCUGGAUGAAGAUCAGAUAUACCGUGAAAACUUCCUGCAUGCACAUCCUGGUUGCCAUCCACAGACAGAGGCAGCAAUCAAGGAGGAAAUCAAGAGGUGUGAACAAAUCAAACGACAGAAGAUUCAGGUCUUUGUAGCCAAUGUCCGCACAAAAAUCAAGUUGAUGUGGGAUAAUAUAAUGUACUCGAACCAGGAGCGUGAAGAGUUUGUUCACUAUUACCAGGACAUAUUCACUGAAGACACCCUCACGCUGCAUGAGCUCUACCUUGAGAAGCUUGCCAAGUUUUAUAAUGAUAACAAGCCAAUAUUCGAGAUGGUGCUGACUCGUAAGAACCUGUGGCUCAAGAUGACCGAGCUGGAGGCUCGCGCGUCAGAGCCGGGCCGGUACCACAACCGCGGCGGGCAGCUGCUGCGCGAGGAGAAGGAACGGAAGGCUAUCGCUAGCAAUCUACCUAAAAUCGAAGCACAAAUUCGCGACUUGGUGACUGAUUAUGAAACAAGAACGGGAAACACCUUCACAGUGGAUGGUAAACCUCUGCUUCAACUCAUGGAAGAGGAAUGGGAGAUAAGGAAAGCUGAGCGCCACAACAAGCUGUCGGCGCGCAAGCAGGCGCUGACGCCGACCACGCCGCUGUUCCGCUCGCUCGCCACGUCGCCGCUCGGCAAGCGCAACCGCACCGCCGCCGGCCUCGCCGCCACCGCCGAGAGGAACAGGCCCCCGUCCAAGCGGCAGCUCAUCACGGGCAGCGCCACCAAGGCCGUCACCACCAUCACCAACAACCUGUCCGCGCUCAAGAGGUCCGCCAUCUCUACUGUUAAAAGGCGCAUCAGUGGUCGUCUAGCCGCCAGAGCAGUGGUGGAGUCUAAAGGCGAUCACGCUAAGAGGAAGCUAGACUAUGGUGGCGACGUAAAGAAAACACCCAAACUCGCCGUCAAUGGCAGCAUUCUGAAACAUAAGCGUGCGUCCCACGGCAGACGUCGUAGUGGCGGGCGUAAGUCUAUAAACGCGACUCGCUCUACGGCUUCGCAGGAAGACGAAAAAGCCGUCAACAAGGACCCGCUUAUGGAGACCACGCUGCUGACUACCUACUCAGAUUUUAAGGACGGUAUAAACGAAAGACAGAUCAGCAGAAGUUCGAUGGCGAAUACAAAACCGCAGGAAUGCGUCAUGCCGACUAUAGUGUACCCCACCAUCGAGGAAAACCACACGCCGACUACCCCAAAAAAAACUCCGAGGACCAAAACGCCUCUGACGCCUAAAGUCGGCAAAGAAAACAUUCAACACGUGAACGUUCCUGGCACACCGAAAAGCAACCUAAUGUACACGCCCACGAGAUUAACGCGGUCAGCCCUUAAACUGAACCAUGACGGCUUCGCGACCCCACGCGCACCUCUCAGCGCCAACAAAGUCAAUUUACAACGUCAGAAUACGGUGGCGAGUUUGACCGUCAAGACUACGCCAAAUAACGUCAGCAGGUCGAAAUCUCAUUCGCAUUUAGUUCGAGUUAAAAAUCUACCUCCUCUCAUCUGAGAAAGACUGAGCGACACUCGCAUAUUUUAAUUCUUUCGUUUUGACGUAUUAUUAAGUCGUAUCCAUGCUAAGUCAUUUACGUCCAUGAGAAAUCCCACCUUUAUGAACCAUGCUUUAUGACAAUUAAUUGUGUGAGUAUUUAUAUACCAUACGAUAUUUGAAUGUGACUUUAAUGUGUAAAAAUUAGUUCAUAUACUUUUCAAUUUUAGCUUUUUUUUGUUUGUGUGUUGACGUAAUUACAAGAUAUAAAUUAUAAUAAUAUCUUCCCAUCGACUAACGAAGCGAUGGAUUAAAAUGUGUGAACUGUGCCUUUACUUGUUAAGUUGUGGUUUUCUUCAAGGAAAUCAAUUGUAAUUUAAUAUAUUGACAUUGAAUUUGCUUAUUGACAUCUUUAAUAGUUUUCAUAUUAUUCGGUGUGCACUGAAGUGUUCUUUGAUUUCAGUGGUUUUUAGAGAUUUUCUUACAAAUAUGUGAUUAAUUUAAAGUAUUUUAUUGCUAAUGUAGCUUUGUAAGUUUUUUAUAAGGUAAGAUUUUAGUUAUGUGUAGUUUAAAAUGUUUUUCGUUUAUAGUUAUUUUAGCUUCGUCUACUAACAUUAGGUGGUUUGAUUGAUUGAUUAAUACAAUAAAAUAUAUCUCGAAGCGAAAACAAUUCAUAGAAUACAAACCACAUUGAACGUGAGAAACGCCACAAUUGAAUUAAUUUUUAACAACAUUUAUAAAGUUUCUGUAUAUUUGCUUCUGUACUUUAUAAUGGCAGCUUAUCCAGCGACAUUGAAUUACCGUUCGCAGAAACGUACUUAAAACCGAGUAUUUGGAAAUUUCUUGUGUUGACAUUUA